GCGGCUUGAACGUGAUGAACCGGCGGCUGAGGAGCGCACACAAUCUGGAGAUUAUCGCAGGUGGAGAAGCCAUCAAUUCCCCAUUGAGAGGCGGCAGAAGCAGGUGUCGAGCUGGUGCUAAAGCCCCCCCCGCGUGUCCCCGGGUCACGACACAACCCCAGCCCGCCGUCCACGGAUCGAGGUCGGCUGUUUUUGGAUGUUCUCGAAUGACCCACUAUGCGGUCCUCGGCUUGGUUCGUAGCCCGAUGCGCGCUCAUCGCAUGGACGCUGCGUGUCAUCCACGGGGCCGGAGACCCGCGGCAGUGCAGCGAGGCCGACUACUAUUUUGAGUACACGGAGUGUGACAGCACAGGAUCCCGCUGGAGAGUGGCCAUCCCGCGGACUCCCGGGGCCUGCACUGGUCUACCAGAGCCUGUGCGCGGAACAGCCUGCACCUUCUCAUGCAGAGCUGGGGAGUUCCUGGAGAUGACCUCUCAGGAGUGCACCCAGUGCCCAGCGGGAACCUACUCCCUCGGGAGCGGGAUUCGCUUCGAUCAAUGGGAUUCCUUGCCGCCUGGUUUCAGUAGCCUGGCUACCUCGCUGGAAAACGGACAAGACAGAGAUAUUAAAGCCACUUGUAACAGUUCUUCCUGGUUGCCUCAGGGAAAUUAUCUGGAGUCCAACAGUGAUGAGUGCACGGUUUCCCUCAUUUAUGCUGUGCACCUGAAGAAGAAGGGCUCUGUCAGCUUUGACUACCAGUAUCCAGACAGCAACUUGUUGUUUGAGUUCUUUAUCCAGAAUGACCAGUGUCAGGAGAUGGAUCAGUCUGCAGACACAAAGUGGCUUAAACUCACCAAACACGGCGAAUGGGCAUCUCACUCGUUGAAUUUGAAAUCCGGCACCAACGUCUUGUAUUGGAGGACAGGAGGCAUUCUGAUGGGGACCAAAGUCGUGAAGCCAGUUCUGCUGAAAAAUAUUCAAAUUGAAGGUGUUGCUUACACAUCAGAGUGUUUCCGAUGUAACCCGGGGACGUUCAGCCGAGCGCCAGGUUCCUCCUCCUGCGAUCCCUGCCCUCGGGACACCUUCUCUGGUCACGGAGCCAGCUCCUGCACUCCCUGUAACGCCAGCACUCAGUAUGCAGUUGAGGGAUCAGCUGAGUGCAAGGCAAGACCUCCAUGUUCCAGAAAAGACUAUUUUAAGAUCCACACAGCAUGUGACAAAGACGGCAAGACUCAAAUCAUAUAUAAGUGGAUUGAACCCAAGAUUUGUCUGGAGGGUGUCCCCGGAGCCCAACCGCUGCCCUCGAGCGGCGAGCGCGAGCCCUGCCCCCCCUGUAACCCUGGCUUCUAUAAUAACGACACCGCUACCUGCUCGCCAUGUCCGCCCGGGACCUACUCUGAUGGGAUGAAACCUUGUCAGUCAUGUCCAGCAGGAACCGAGCCCACUUUGGGUUAUGAGUAUAAAUGGUGGAACGUGCUGCCAUCCAACAUGAAGACGUCCUGUCUCAACGUGGGCAACUCCAAGUGUGACAAGAUGCAUGGGUGGGAGGUAGCAGGAGAUCACAUCUAUAGCGGAGCAGGAGGCUCCGACAAUGAUUAUCUGAUCCUCAACCUCCACAUUCCCGGUUUUAAGCUGCCCACAUCUGCAUCCAGCGACUCUGUGACUGAAUUUGGCCGCAUCACUUUUGAGUUUGAAACUUUAUGCACGGUUGACUGUGUGAUGUACUUCAUGAUGGAUGUCAACAGGAAGAGCACCACUAUUGUGGAAUCAUGGGGAAAGACACAAACUAGGCAGACCUACACCCACAUCAUGACCAAAAACGCCUCCGUUACCUACACCUGGGCUUUCCAGAGGACAGGUCAGCCUUCUGAUACUCGCCUCUUCAUGAACGACGUGGCCCGGAUCUACUCCGUCACAGUGAACAAUGCGGUGGACGGCGUGUCCUCCGGCUGCCGCGUUUGCGCCCUCAGCGCCCAGUCCACCAGCUCAGCAUGUGUGCCGUGCCCACCUGGACAUUACAUCGACAUGGACACCAGCCAGUGUAAGGAGUGUCCCAACAACACCUACCUGCUCUCUCACACCUCACAGGGCCAUGAAGACUGUAAAGCCUGCGGGCCGGCCAGCAGGAGCGACAAGGACCACAGGCUGUGCUACAGUGACUGUCACUUCACUCACACGGACGGCAACCUGACUCUGACGUACAACUUCAGCCUCCUCGGUUCCUCUGGAUCGCUGAUGAACGGCCCCAGCUUUACCUCUAAAGGAACCAAAUAUUUCCAUCUUUUCAACAUCAGUUUGUGUGGAGGACAGGAUCAGUUAGCAACAUGCACAGACAACGUUACAGACUUAUCGGUAUCAGACUCCCAGAGAGAAAAGGGUGAAGGGCCCAGCGCUGUCAAGACCUUUAUCUGUCAGUCGACGAUAAUCCCAGCUACCGGCCGAGGCUUUAACACGGCGCUCUCGUCACAGUCCAUUAACCUGGCUGACACGUUCCUCGGAGCCACGGUGGAGGAUCAUUUUGAGGGAAUAAGCGCCAAACCCAACCAGUAUUCCCUGGUCUCUAAGAAAGUCCCAGAUGUGAAUUUCUACUACAGGUCUUUGGCUCCGACCUCGUCUUGCGAGUCGGGAAGGAGCACAGUGGUGACACUUCGCUGCAAUCCGGAGAUGUCCAUUAAAGGGCAGCUCUCAGUUCCCAGUCAGUGUCCAGCAGGAACCUGUGAUGGCUGCACUUUCUAUUUUUUGUGGGAGAGCUCCGGGGCCUGUCCCAUCUGCACCGAGAGAGACUACCAUCAGAUAGAAGGCGUCUGCAAAGGAGGAAAUCAGGACAUUCUGUACGUGUGGGCUGAGCCAAAGCUGUGCAUGGGAGGGGUGACCUUGCCUGAAAAGAAAACCUUGCCCUGUGAGAGUAUGGAGCUGUGGGUUCGGCUCGGUGCUGUGAUGGGAACCUUCACAGCAGUGCUGCUCGUCUCGCUGACCUGCUACUUUUGGAGGAAGAACAAAAGGUUGGAAUACAAGUACAUUCGUUUGGUUACGUCGGCUAACAAUAAGGAGUGUGAAAUGCCAGGGGCCGACAGCUGUGCAGUGAUGGAAGGAGAGAACGAGGGAGACAUGGAGGAUGAGGUUGUGUACACUAAACCCUCUAUUCUCGGCAAACUCAAAGCCAUAGCCUCCAAGAGAAACGGAGACCACUAUGAAAACGUUCAGCUGAACUCGUCUCAAUCCAGAGCUCUGGUUUGGAGCUAGAAAACGAAAAGGGUCGCCAGGAGGGGAAUGAGGAUUUGGAACCCUCCAGACGCUUUCUCCCAACCCCUUUAACCAUCCCUGUUUAUGAGCUUUGGUAACCUGGAAGACCACCAGUGUGUGCAAACACACAAUCAAAGGCCCACGGUGCACUUGAAGCCAGGUUCAGAGAAGUCACACAAACACGGUGGCCUUACAGCUUGGUACGACAGAGCCAUAGUCCUUUGGAGCAAGUGUGUGCGUCACUGAUCAUUUUGGGAUUUACUCCUCCUAUGUCAGGGAGCUGGUGUAGAGCUCAGGGUUAGACAAGGACCUGUUUGAGUUCUUGAAUUCACAUCUAUUUAUUUGGUUCUGUUUGAUGUGUGUUGUAUCUUUGACCGUCAUGGAGUGUCAUCAAUGUAUUUCUAUCAAAGUUAAAGUCAUUUCCUACUUUGUUUAUGGCAAAACAAUACUUUUUUUCUUUUUCAUUUUCCUUAAAGUUCUUGAAAGAUUGUGAAGUUGAAAAUGACAUGAGGUUGAGGUGGUGGUUUUGACUGUAUCUGUCAAAUAAAUGAUGUAUUUAUGUA